AUCAACCAAAUUGUCUCCUGUAUUGCCAGUAAUAUGAACCUUGCCCAGCGGGGGUUCGAACUGGGUCUUAAUCAGUAUAUUUACAAGAAUUCUUUCCAGGGUAAUUUUGUCUCUGAUAAACUGAUGGUAACUACUGUUGAGGCUAUUGUUGGUGCUGUCUUCUUAGAGAUAAGCUGGGAUCGAGCAGCAUUGCAGAGAAUUGUGGAUGUAUUAGGCCGGGUGUGGCCGGAUUCUUGA